AGGCGGACCACAGGGUGCGAGGGCUGUAGUCCGGUUCAGUUCACACAUAAAUUCCAAAAAAAGCACAGCAUUUGGACAAUGUGUCACCAAGUGUUAUAAAUGAGACAUUUCUAGUUGAUUAUAUAUAUUUUUUACCGAGUGGAGAGGACAUAUUUCUAAAGCUUUCUUUAAGUUAUUUUUUUUAAAUUACAUUUUUAUAUGUCACGUAUUUUACGUAAAAUUAGACGCGUCAUCGUGAAACCCUCGGCGUCUUCCUAAUUAUAACACGAGCUCGUGGUCAGUAACUUUAUCUCGUGGGUCAAAGGCGGACCCAGCCUCGCGCACCGACUGUCCUCUGACAACUUCCCUGCGUCUGUCCCCCGGAUGAGCAGAAAACGCACGAAACUUCAGCUUUCCAACCCGCUAAGCUGUAUUUAGCGGGUUUCUCUUCCUCACACAAUAGCUCGGAUUGGCUGCUGGGAUUGCCAGAAGUUGAGCAGCUCUACAUCUCAAACAACAGACUCCAUUGUUAUCUCUGGAGGCCUCCAGCUCUUGAUAAGGUUCCUAAGCAAUGCCUGUCCCUCCUCCUCCACCUCCCCCAGCUCCACCAGCCCCACCUCCACCUCCUGCACCUCCUGCACAAUCACGGACAGACCCUCCUAAAAUCCAGCGUUCUGAGGGUGGAGGUCGCAGUGCACUCCUUUCUGACAUUCAGAAGGGGACGAGGCUGAAAAAGGUCACACAGGUCAAUGACCGAAGCACACCAUUCCUUGACAAACCUAAAGUGAACCGUGUGGAUGACACUGGAAGAAAUGUUGCUCCUGGAAACUCUACAAACACAGCAGGAUCUGCUCCAUCUGCAGUGGGUCCAACUCUGGGUGGACUAUUUGCUGGGGGAUUUCCUGUACUCAAACCAGUCGGACAAAGAGACAAGCAGCCACAUCACAACCCGGUGUCUCGCUCCGGCUCCACCGCCAGCCUGAAGCAGCCUCUCUGGAACCCUCCAUCACAGGGAGACGGGUUCAGAGGAAGCGCCCCUGAUCUUUCCCCCUCCCACAAACCUUUGGAAAGAGCCUCCUCACUUUCUAAAACUCGGCCUAUUUCCUCAUACACAGCCCCUCCCUCCCCAAGCCAAACUUCACAUCCUUCUUUCAAACUGUCCUCUACUCCUUCCUUUGCCCCUCCACCUCCUCCUCCUCCUCAGGAGCGGCCCAAUAACAGACACCCUCCUCUCCCCACCUGCCUGCCCCCACCCCCUCCUCCUCAAACAGCCAAACCCACUUGGUUACCCGUCCAAUCACACUCCAUUCCCAUGCCUACGACUCCACCUCCUCCACUGCCUCCCUCUGUCCCUGCGUUCUCCCAUCCUGACAGAUCGUCUGGGGUCUUCUACCCUCUGCCUCCUCCACCGCCUCCAUCAAUCCCUCUGUCCUCACUACCUGACAGGUCAUCUGGGGUCUUUUAUCCUCCACCCCCUCCACCUCCUCCAUCAGUCCCUCCAUCCUCUCUCCCUGAUAGGUCAUCUGGGGUCUUCUACCCUCCACCUCCUCCUCCACCACCUCCGUCCUCACUCUCUAACAGAUCAUCUGGAGUCUUCUUCCCUCCGCCCCCUUCUCCGGAGCCAUUAGAAAUGAAGGACAGUCCUUUAGGGCCUCCUCCCCCACCUCCUCCUCCUCUUCCUGCUUCAUUUGCAUGCAGCCACCCCUCCGCAGCACCACCUCCGCUACCUCAGAAAGUACCUCCCAUGCCUUCACCCACAUACAGGCCCAGCGUACCACCUUUGCCACCGUCUUACCCCUGUACCGCCCCCAGUAGACGACCCCCUGCAGUGCCACGUUUUGCAGGUGCUCCAAGGAUGGCUCCACCCCCUGCUCCUCCUGCUCGGUCUCCUAACACUGAACUCUCCAGUAGGAUCCCACCCCCUCCUCCUCUCCCACUGUCAGCUCCGCCCAGCUUAGUACGCAACGGACACCUGCACAGCUUAGAUGACUUUGAAUCGAAAUUUCACUUCCAUCCUAUUGAGGACUUCCCCCCUCCUGAAGAGUUCAGGCCCUUCCCACGUACCUACCCCAGCAAGGAAAACAGAGUCAACCCACAACCUCCUGCCAUGAGGACUCAUUUAAGAUGAAAUGGGACAAUAUGAAGUUUGGUGCUAACCUUUUGCAGGACAUAUUUUAAGCCUCAUCCUCAUCGUCAGUGAAGAACAGCAGCCAAAUCUGUAGGUCAAAUCAACUCACUCAAGCAACACUUUAUCAAUCACAACUGCAUUAUCUGUGAAAACAUUCUAGUUUGAUGUAAAUUUUUUUUUUUUUUUUUUUUUUUUGUCAUCCACAUUUCAAGAAAGAGUUUCCUUAUUUUAGCUGCAGCCAUGUUAAAACCCCUGAUUCUUAUCAAAAGUGUUUACCUAUAUAAUACAUUUUCUUGUCAAUAAUAAGUGUUUUAACAUUUAAUAUGUUUCUGGAACAAAUAUAUUAUGCCUAAUAAUUUUGCUUAACAUACCAUACAAGGCUUUUAUUAAUUAUCCUUUCAGCUUUUAACAUACCCUGAAUGGACUAAAAGGGCAAAUUAUUAGACUACUAACAGAAUAAAAUGAGAAAUAAAUGUUGAUUAAAACAUGGCUUAACAAAAUAUGGAAAAAGGAAAAUCUGUGCAUACAGAUUAGAGAAGUCUUGCAGGCAUUACUGUUUCAGUUUUUGUAAAAGGGAAGAAAGUUAACCAGUAAGAGUGAAGCCAUGUUUCAGGCUUAAGGUGAACAGAAUAAAUGGGUGAAAUGGAUGAAACUAUAAAUGGAAAAGUAAAUUAAGUUACAUUUCUAAAACUAACAAGAGAGUUUAUUAGACAAUAAUUUCCUGUUUUUGAUUCUUCUGGCUGCUGGAGCCCUUUGUUACUAACUCUUCAUCUAACUCAUCAAAUCAAGACUUUCUAAUAGACCAAAAGAAAAAAUAUUCUUUGUUUUUCCUCAUUCUAUGAUUCAUUUUUAAAUCUAUCUGUAUUUGAAAUCUGUGCCAGUAUGAAAUGCUGUAUUAAAGGGAUAUUAAACCCCAAAAUGAAAAUUUUGUCAUUAAUCACUUACCUCCAUGUCAUUCCAA